UUCUUCGGCUAUAAUAAUCUGUUUAAACUCAUCUCUGAAACCCCGACAACCACCAUGGCUCUGGUUCCGAAGACCACGAAAUUCCAUUUCACUCAUCCAAACCACCAUUUGCAAUUGCACCCCGACGACCACCAUGAUUACAUUUGCGACGGCUGCAAAACCUCCAGUUCAGGUACCCGCUUCCGAUGCCAUUCCUGCAAUUUCAAUCUCCAUGAAUACUGCGCCAAUUGCCCGGAGAAACUCAUCUCCUCCUCCAUCCACCACCAUCCCCUCACUCUCCUCCUCCGUAAGCCCGAUGGCGCUCGCCUCAACGACCGAAUUUGCGACAUUUGCCGGGACUCCGUCGACGGGCUGUUCUACUGGUGCAAAGACUGCGAUUUCAACGCCCACCCACUUUGCACCCGGCUCCCUAAAAGCCUCCGCCAUGUGAUUGACAGCCAACAUUUUUUGAACCUCCAAAAGCUGCCGUCCGGUGGCUGCGCCGUUUGUAAAAAGGAUUGUUCUUUUCUUUGGGAGUACGGAUCUGGGGUUUGUAGAGUUAAUAUUCAUCUUGAGUGUCUGUUGGAGCCGUACGAGUUGCCGCCGAGUCAACAGCCGAGUGGGGGAGGGAGAGGGACAACUACUUCUCGUGUAGUGCCGCCGCGGUGGGGAAGUUGGCCGCCUCCGUUUCCCGGCGGUGGUUUCAGUGGAUUGGUGGGUAUAAUUCUGGGUGGCAAUUUGGUAAUAGUUACGGUAAUUUUGGUAUGGGAGGGCAUUAUGGGAGUUAUGUCUACCCCGCCCCUUACGUCGUUCCCGAUUAGCUUCUGUGUAUCGUAAUUAUGGAGCGCCGCCGGUAUCGUCGAGAAGUGGGGGAAAGCUUGGGAAAUCAAUGUUUGCUCUGGUUGGUGGACUGACCGUUGAUGUGAUGUCUAGUGUUAUUUCUGGGUUUCCCGUUGACUUCCAAUCGGACUUCCAUUUUGAUUUCAGUUGGAUAAGGAUUGAAACUCCGAUGAUUAUUUAGAUAAGGGUGGUUUUAAAAGUUAAUUGGGAAAAAUGGAUGGUUUUGAACUUAUUUAGGAAAAAUUGGUGAUUUUUUUUGUCCCCAUCCAAGAGGCGUAAAGACUCACUCUAGUAUUUUAUUUUUAUCCCCGUAAGCCGCAUUUAAAAAAAAAAAAUUUAACCGGUCAUUCGAGAAUAUUUUAUUUAGUUUCUUUCCCCCGUACGCCACAUUAAUCGCACACAAUCACUUAGUAAACUAUGCAAUCGUUUAGUAAUUAUACACGACCAUACACAAUCGCUUAGUAAAUAAUCCACGACUGUUUAGUAAUUAUACAUGAUCGCACAUAAUCAUUUAGUAAAUUACUAUGCGAUCGUUUAGUACGAUCGUUUAAUACGUCAUUUGAGAAUGUUUUAUUUAGUAAAUUACUAUGCGAUCGUUUAGUAAAUUAUACACGAUCGUUUAGUAAAUUAUACAUGAUCGCUUAGUAAUUUAUACACGAUUGAUUAGUA